UUUUUAGUCCAAACAACUCAGUCUACAGUCCACGCAACUCAUUCUACAGACAGUGAUAAGAAAGGUACUGCCAUUAUUGCAGCUGUCCUCUCUACAAUAGUUGCAAUUGUUCUGAUUGGCUUGAUAGUUUUCUAUUGUCGUCGUCGCCCUUUACCUCCAACGUUAGAUCUGGAAUUUGAGUACGACGCGUUCAUUAUAUUCAGUUCCGAGGACUCACAGUGGGUGAUAAACACCCUAAUUCCAACCUUGGAGGAAAACCAUGGAAUGAAGUGUUGUGUGCACUACCGAGAUAUUACCCCCGGAGUAACUUUUAGGAAAAAUAUGGUGGAUAGCGUUUACAAGUGCAAGAAAACCAUCGCCGUUGUGUCCACUCACUUUUUCAACAGUAAGUAUUGUGGGUAAGAACUGGAUUACGCCCUUCAUCGACUUAUGGAAAAGAGAGAUGAUAGUUUAGUUGUCAUCAAGAUCGAUGAUGUUGACAGAAGGAAGCUUCCUAAGGAACUUCAAAAACGAAGUUACAUUGACUACGCAAAGUCAGUUGAAAAGGAAAGCUGGGAAAAGAAGCUGGUUGAUUGUUUAAGUUACAAAUAGGUUUAAUAUAAUAUUAAGUUUAACUGCAAUAACUUUGCAAAAGUGCACAUAAACGCUUUUCAUUGUUUUCGUAUCAUGCCUUAUCUAAUCAAAAGGGGGGGGGGAAGUCAGAAAGUCAGAAAUUCAGAAAUUUGUCGUGACUUCACAUUAGUAGAAGUUAGGGAUACCAAGUAUUGAGAGAAAUCAAAGUAAUCGCGGGUUGAAAUGUCGUGUCACGUUCACGCUCUUGCUCUGAAUCACUGUAAGCCUUCUAUUCUCUAACUGUCUGCCUUCAACAGAAUAACGAUAACACGCUUCACG